AAAUAUGGAAGCCAUAGAAGAGACUGACAUGGAUAUUGAUGGAUUCAUCGAUCAAAAUUUACAAUUUACUCAGAAUAAUGAAGACAUUAAAUAUCUUGAACAACAAUAUGACCAAAAGGAUGCAACACAAGGAGAUCAAGAGUAUUAUGACCUCUUAGCUGAUUUUAAGACAAUAGACCCUUCUGUAAAAUUUUACAUAGUAACAAAUCUGGAAAGAUUAGUAAGGACAUGCUCUCAGCCAGUCCAAUCCCAAAAAGUACUGUCUCAAAUCACGAGCAUGGAGUUUAUAAAUGGAAUAAUCGGUUACUCUGAGUUGAUUUAUGAGUAUAUAAAGCAAAUCCAAGCACUGAGUAAAACGAGCUCUGAUAAGCUGAUCUACCUCAAUGCUUUAGAGAAUAUCCUCAAUGAUUCUCUAGAGAGAUACAUUAUUGAAAAGAUUGAAUGGGCCAUCUUCGAACUUAUCUGCAGUCUCGGAAAUGAUGAGCAAUUACAAGAACAAUCUGAAAGAAUUAUGAACGAGUUUUACCAAUCUAACGUAGUUGCGAAGAAGACUUCAAUUUUUAUGAUAAUCACUCAGCUUUAUGAAAUGGUAAAUGAAAAUACAAAGCAUCAGUUCUCAGAGAUCUUCCUCAAUGGGGCACAGGGUACUUCAUCUGUGAUGAAGAGGAAGAUAUGCCAAAAUUUACCUGAGGCUAUCUUUAUAGAGCCUUUGCAUCGUAUCGAGAUGCUAGAGGAGUUUCUCAAAGACCCUAAUGAGUAUGUCAGGAUAGAAGCCACUAAUGCUAUCUCAAGGUUCUAUGAUGCUAAAAUCUUAGAUUACUCUAAGUUCAUUGAUAUCCUAAAAGAUAUAUUCGAAAACCCAAGGGAAAAGUCCUGGAGAGUCAAAUAUUCUCUGAUAGAAGUUGUCUAUAAGACAAUAAAAUAAAUUAAGCAUUGAAAAUUUGAAUGACCCAGCCUUUGUUUCUUUCCUGCAGGUCUAUUUUGAAUUAGACAAUGAAGAAAACAACGCUAUGCAUAAUAUCAUCGGAAUUGACUGCAUUUUUAGCUGGGCUCAGAGAGUAUUCAUGAACAAAGUUGACGAAAGUAUCAAUAACAAAAUUGCUAGUGGGAAAGAAAGCUCUAAAUACUCAAAAAGCUCUCAGAAUAACUCAAAUGAUCCUCUAUUUCUAUCAAAUAUCGAACAUUUCAUUCUUUUAUGAGAGCAGAUGAUAAAGUUAUUCUCGCACAAAAAUACUCACUAUCUUGUAAAGCAGAAGAUAUGUUUGGGUAUCAGUAAGAUUGUGACUAUCCCUGUAUCGAACAAAGAUCUGAAAUAUAUGUACUCAAAGUUGCUCUCUGAGUUAAGGCACCAAUUCUUGAAGCAUCCAAAUAAGUACUCGUACCUAUUCAAAGAGUUCUUAGAUGACUUGAAUUCCAAGCUGAUGCACUUUAAAGAGGAGAAAACAGAUAUUAAGGAAGCCCAUGGGAACUAUUUCAAUAUUUUUGAUUGCCCUCCAACUCAGGAAAUUGAGAGCAAAGAAAGCUCCGAGCAAAGCGCAUCUGAGAUUUAUCAGAGAAUGAUGAUCAAGAAUUUCAGAAAAAUAAUCAGACCUGAGCUUAUAGAGUUAGUUAGUAAGCCAAAAGUUGAAGAGAAGUGGCUGAAUAGGAUUAGUAUACUCAACCUCAUGACUCUUCUCCUCCAAGAUGAGCUAUAUGCCACUAUUGAUGAGUAUCUUGAAGAACUUACUAAGAAGCAAAAUGAGGAUAAGGAGAUGAAGGAAAAUGAAGAAAUUCAUGACCAAGAUGGUGAAUCACCUAAGAAAGAGCCCCAUCUAGAUGAUUUUAUUGAAUCUUCUACAAUAUUGCAGUAUUUUGCUAAGAAAUAUAACGAAAUUUGCUCUCAGAAAGGAUACACAGAGAUUUUAGAUAAAAAUGAGAACAAGGAUGCUAAUUUAAGUCCCCAAGUUAAUGUGAACACUAAUUUGGUGAACAAAGAAGCGAUUGAAAUAGUCCGGAAGAUCGAGAUGAACAGUUACAAAUAUCAGAACAAGUACUUGGCUAGGGCAAAUCAGAAAUUUGUGCAGAAUUAUAUCAAAAAGCCAAUGGAGGUUUCAUAAUCUAA